AUGGACGACUCGGAUUGUUGUGAUGAGAAAUAUAACCGGCUUGGAAAUUGUGAAGUUUGCGGUAAUGAAAAUGCUCAGUACACGUGUCCGAGAUGCGAAAUAAAAACGUGUUCAUUGAAUUGUGUAAAAAUACAUAAAAAAGAAUUGGAUUGCAGCGGAGAUCGGGAUAAAGUCGGUUUCGUUCCCAUGUCAAAAUUUAAUAACCUAACCCUGUUGAGUGAUUACAGGUUACUCGAAGACGUUUCGAGAACCGUUGACAAUUGCAAACGUAAUCCUUUGAAAAAAUACACGAGAUUUAACAAACCUCUACCGCCUCACUUGUACAAAUUAAGGAGAGAAGCUUUGUCUAGAAAAACGACUUUGCAAUUUUUACCACAGCAUUUCACGAGGCAUCAAAACAAUACGACGUAUUUACACUUCGAAACGAAAAUAAUACAUUGGAAAAUUCAAUUGAUAUUUUAUCACGCGGAUAAUUUGAAUGUGGUCAUUGAUAAAUGUAACGAAAACGACAGGCUAUCGACCAUAUUAUCCAAUUACGUGGAUUUCGAUAAGUGUCCGGAUGCGGAGAGGAAAAUUCUCAAAUAUUAUCACUCGACCGGUUUGCCAGGUUUGGAAGUUUUACUCAAAGCGGAAAACGUCAUAGAACAACCCUCGUUUUUUCAAUUGGAUGUACAUUCGUCGUUGAAAGAAAAUUUCGAAGAUAAAAUAAUAAUCGAAUAUCCAAUCUUGUAUGUUAUUUUCAAAUCUCACAAAGAUGAAUUUAGAAUAUUGGAUCCUGAUAUGAAAGUCGAAUGCAAUUUAGAAACAACAGUGACGAAUAAAAAAUUCAAUAAUAGUUUUAUGCCUUUCACUUAUUUCGACACUGUGACUUAUUCGAAACCCAUGUGCGAAGGAGACAAAGCUAAUUAA